GUUGUAAAUAAAGUCUUGAAUAACCCAAAAAAACAUCAAGAAAUUAAAAGAAAUGAUGAACAAUAAGGUGCAAUUGUUGAAUGCAGUGCUUGUGAUUGUAACAGCUAUAGUAUCAGUGAAUUUUAUAGUGAAAUGGGCAUUGAAAACAUUAAUUAGCAGGAGGAUUAAACGCCGCCUUCCACCGGUGGUGAAAGGGCGUCUGCCACUAAUCGGUGGCGUGGUUCGGUUCGUAAAGAACCCCAUAAAGUUGCUUGAGGAGGAGUAUGAAAAUCUAGGAAGUGUAUUCACAUUAAAUGUGGUGAACAAGAAUAUUACUUUCCUACUUGAACCUCAAGUAUCUGCUCAUUUUUUUACGGCAACUGAGUCUGAACUCAGUCAGAAAGAGGUUUAUCGCUUUACCGUCCCUAUAUUCGGACCUGGGAUUAUCUACGAUGCGGAGUACUCUGUUCGCCACCAGCAGUUUCGCUUUGUUGAAGAUGCUUUCCGAGUCACUAAACUUCAAGGUUUUGUUGAUGAUCUGCUUGAGGAAGUACAGGAGUAUUUUUCAAGAUGGGGUGAUAGUGGAGAAGUAGAUUUGAAACAAGAAUUGGAUAAUCUGAUAAUCUUAACAGCAAGUAGAUGUUUUCUUGGUCGAGAAGUUAGUGAAAGUAUUACAGAAGAAAUAACAUCCCUUAUAAACGAAAUAAAUGUAGCAAAAGGACCUGUUACUAUGAUGUUCCCUUAUCUACCCAUCCCAGCUCAUCGAAACCGAGAUAAAGCCCGAAAGAAACUAGAUACUAUCUUGUCAAAAAUCAUAGUUUCUCGAAAAAGCUCUGGAAAAUCAGGAAAUGACAUGUUACAGACUCUGAUAGACUCAAAGUACAAAGACGGGCGAGCAACCACAGAAGCAGAGAUUACAGGUAUGCUCAUCACCUCUAUCUAUGGCGGUCAGCGUACAACUUCUGCAACAGCUAUUUGGACAGGAGCUUACCUUAUUCAUUACAAGAAAUUCUGGUUAGCUGCUACAGAAGAGCAAACAACAUUAAUGAAAAAGAAUGGCAACACUAUAAACUACGAUGUUUUAGUUGGAAUGCAAGUGUUGUAUCGCUGUAUUAAGGAAGCUUUGAGACUACGCCCUUCUGUACCGUUACUGUUGCGCCAAUCUCACAGGGAAUUCAGCGUUGUUACUCGAAAGGGUGAGAAAUAUGACAUACCAAGAGGUCAUAUUGUUGCUGCUUCACCUGUGUUGUCUAAUCGUCUUCCACAUAUUUACACGAAUCCUGAUGAUUAUGAUCCUGAAAGGUAUUGUAUUGGAAGGGAAGAGGAUAAAUUGGCUGGUCCAUUUUCUUUUACUUCGUUUGGUGGAGGAAGACAUAGCUGCCUAGGUGAGGCGUUUGCGUAUUUUGAGUUGAAGACUAUAUGGAGCCAUCUGUUGAGAAACUUUGAGCUUCACUUGAUUUCUUCAUUUCCAGAGACUGAUUGGAAUGACAUUGUUUGGGGUGUCAAAGACAAGGUCAUGGUUCGGUACCAGCGUCGAAACCUUGCUUAUUAACAUAUCCCAUCCAUCGAUGAUGUUUUAUUGUAUUGUGUCUAGCGUUGUAUCGUGUAUUGGAUCAUCGUUCUAUAUAUCCUCCAAAACCAUUAUGUAUUUUAAUUCACUUUAAAUCCUCUGUUCCUAACCAUAUGUUACCAUCGGUGAAAUAAAAUAAAUGGUUAUCCGUG